GCAACCAAGCAGUUCCUGGAGGAGAUCAACAAGUGGACAGGCCAGUACAAUGUGUCCCCACUGUCUUGGAAUGUGGCCGUCAAGUUCCUCAUGGCCCGCAAGUUCGAUGUCCUGCGGGCUAUCGAACUCUUUCACUCCUACCGGGAGACGCGGCUGAAGGAGGGCAUCGUGAAGCUGAAGCCGCAUGAGGAGCCGCUGCGCUCGGAGCUGCUCAGCGGCAAGUUCACCAUUCUGAGUGUGCGGGACCCUUCGGGAGCCUCCAUUGCCCUCUUCACGGCUAAGCUCCAUCACCCCAGCAAGAGCGUGCAGCACGUGGUGCUCCAGGCACUUUUCUACUUGCUGGACCGAGCGGUGGAGAGCUUUGAAACCCAGAGGAAUGGACUGGUGUUCAUCUAUGACAUGGCGGGCUCACAGUACACCAACUUCGAGCUGGACCUCAGCAAGAAGAUCCUCAACCUGCUGAAGGGAGCCUUCCCGGCUCGGCUCAAGAAGGUUUUCAUCGUGGGAGCUCCCAUGUGGUUUCGUGUACCUUACUCCAUCAUCAGCCUGCUGCUGAAGGAGAAGCUGCGGGAGCGGGUGCAGAUGGUGAAGAUGUCGGAGCUGAAGGAGCAUCUGCCCCGGGAAUGCCUCCCCGAGUACCUCGGGGGUUCCCUCAAACUGGACCCUCUGAGCUGGAACUGCCGGUUCCUGCCCCAGCAGAACGGGCACCCUGACCCCCUGGAUGAGCUCAUCCUGGUGCCACUGGUGGCUCCCAAAGACAACGGCUCCGUUCACGUCCCCGGGCCCAAGUCUGUCACCCUCCAGGAGCUGCUGGAUCACGUCAGCCACAAGCAGAAACGAGGCAUCUAUGAAGAGUAUGAAGAUAUUCGGCGCCGGAGCCCGGCCGGCACCUUCGUCUGCGCUUUAGCACCCUACAACCAGGAGAAGAACCGGUACGGGGAUGUACCCUGCCUGGACCAAACCCGCGUCAAGCUGGCGAAGCCGUACAGCCGCCCAGAGCUGACUGACUACAUCAAUGCCAGCUUCAUGGACGGCUACAAGCAGAGGAACGCUUACAUUGGGACACAAGGGCCUCUGGAAAACACCUACGGUGACUUCUGGCGCAUGGUGUGGGAGCAAAACGUCUUGGUGAUCGUGAUGACAACUCGGCUGGAGGAGGGAGGCAGGAGAAAGUGCGGCCAGUACUGGCCCCUGGAGAAGGAUUUCCAGAUGUGCUUUGGGGCCCUGACCAUCACUAACCUGGGCAUGGAGAACCUCAACCAUUACAAGAAAACCAUCCUGGAGAUCCACAGCUCAGAGACCAGGGAGCGGCGGCUGGUGUCCCAUCCGGGGGGCCCCCCGAUCGUGGUGCACUGCAGCGCCGGCAUUGGCAGGACAGGUACCUUCUGUGCCCUGGACAUUUGCCUGUCGCAGCUGCAGGAUGUGGGCACGCUGAACAUCUACCAGACGGUGCUGCGCAUGCGGACCCAGCGCGCCUUCAGCAUCCAGACCCCCGAGCAGUAUUAUUUCUGUUACACCGCCGUCCUCGAGCACGCCCAGCGUGAGGGCUUGCUGCUCGCCAACCACA